AUGGGUAACUUCUCUCGUAAUGGUCCUACUGUAUUUAAUGGAAUAUGUCCCGAAACAUGGCUCUCAUCCAUCUUUUCCAUAUUCUUUAUGACUUGUUAUGUGGUAGUGAUGAUUUUGUGUGGCAUUGGUUUUUACUACAAACGAAAUGGAGGACAUUUGAAAGCGAGAGGUCUCAUGAAUAUCAUCAUGACCUUGAUGGCUGAUUCUUCUUUUAUUAUAUUCAGUUGUUUAAGAUUUGGAAUUGGACGUAGACUCUACCCAUGUGGAUUAUUCAUGAUCUCAUUCUUUGUGCUUCCACCAGUCAUUUUGUUACCUUCCAUGUUUCGAUUAUGGAGAUUAUUCAUUUUGAAUCAAUUGAAUGCAUUAAAGACUCAGAUUCAUGAACAAUUUCCACCAUCACUACCAUCACUACCAUCACUACCAUCACUACCACCACGAGUGAUGCAUUGGUGGAAUGAACGACGAAAAGCGCAGCGUUCAGAACUUGAAACCACUCCAUCCUUCAUAAGGGAUAAAAAGAACCAACGACAACUUCAUCACGGUAAUGAUAGUGGUGUUAGUGGUAACAUUCUGAAUGACGAUAAUGAUCCAGCGAACACGAAUGCUCAACAACAAGAAACCAUUCAUCCUACAUUAGCAUCAUCUAGCAACCACACCACCAAUAUUGCCCACCAUACAGACAAGCUCAAUAUUGUUGAAGCCUCUUCAACAUCCUCUGUUCGGAUUAGACACCAACAGCAAUCCAUCAUGGCUGAGGAUGUCUACUCGUCGUCGACGAGCAAAAAAGAGACUCCAGUCGAUUCCUGCACUACAACAACAAAUGAUGCCGCCCAUCACAACACCACCACCACCUCGACAACAACAACUGUAGAAUGGGCUCCAACCAUCAUCACUCCACUUCCCUCCAUGGACGGAAUUUCCCCAACUAGUCCUAUGGUUCAUUCUGAAAAUGUCAUGGAAGAUGAUGGUCGAUCAGAAGCAACAUGGUGGACUGGAAAUAAUAUCGAAUUUACCAAAAGACAACAACAAAAACAUGUCAUUUAUUCAUUACUAGUUUCUAAUCGAUUCAUUUUGGGAACUUAUAUGACAUGCUUUUUAUUUCAUAUUUUGCUCUAUGUGCUUUAG